AUGGCAUCAACUGGGCACAUCUCUUUUGCCAUUGGUGGUGGUGGUGGUGGUGGUGUUGGCGGUGUGGGUUUCAGAGUUGGUGGUGGUGGUUUUGGUGUGGGAGUUAUUGGUGGUGUUGGAAUUAUCGAUGUCGGUGUCGAUGGUGGUGUUGUUGUUGUUGGAGGUGGUGGUGUCGGAGAUGGUGGAGGUGGUUGUGUAGGACUCUUUGGUCGUGUUGGUAGUGUUGGUGUCAUGGUUGAUGGUGUUGGAGUUGGUGCCGGAGUUGGUGGUGGUGUUAGCUUUGGUGUUGGAUUUUGUAGUGGUGGUGGUGGUGAUGUUGGCGAUGUCGGCGGCGAUGGCGUUGGCAGUGAUGGUGGUGUUACUUUUGGUGGUGUUGGUGUUGGAGUUUGUGGUGGUGUUUUUAUCGGUGGAGUUGAUGGUGGGGGUGUUGUUGGUGAAGUUGGAAAUGUUGGUGGUGGGGUAGAUAGUGGCGGUGGUAGUUUUGGUGUCGUUGUUGAUGGUGGUGGUGGCGUUGUACUUAUUGGCGGUAUGGGUGUAGGAGUUGGUGGUGGUUUUAUUGUUGCCGGUGCUGGCAUGGACGGUGUUGACAAUAUCGGCGUCAGUGUUGAUGGUGGUGGUGUUGGUGUUGGAGUUGGUGGUUGUAUUGGUGGAAUUGGCAAUGCUGGUGGCAAUGUUGAUGAUGAUGGUGGUGGUGGUGGUAAUGUUGUUGGCGGUGUUGUUAUCGGAGUAGGGGGUGGUUUUAUGGUUGGAGUUGGUGGUGGUGUUGGUGGACUUGAUGUUGGUGGUGGUGGUGUACUUAUUGGUGGUAUGGUUGUAGAAGUUGAGCGUGGUUUUAUUAUUGGCGGCGGUGGCUUGGACGGUGUUGUCAAUGUUGGUGAUGGUAUUGAUGGUGGUGUUGUUUUAGGUGGUGUUGGUGUUGGAGUUGGUGGCGGUGUUGGUGGAAUUGGCGAUGCUGGUGGCGAUGGUGAUGGUGGUGUUAGUGAUGAAAUUGGUGGUGGAUAUAUUGUUGGCGGCAUUGGCGUUGGUUUUGAUGGUGGUGGGGGUGGUGUUGGUGCUGGAAUUGGUGGUGGUGUUUUUAUUGGCGGAGUUGGAUUUAGUAUUGGUGGUGUUGUUGGUGGAGUUCGAAAUGGUGGUGUUGGGGUAGUUGGUGGUGGUGGUAGUAGUGUUGGUGGUGCUGGAAAUGUUGGUGUUGGUGGUUUUGGCGGAGUUGGUAGCGGUGUUGGCAAUGUUGGUGUCGACGUUGAUAGUGGCGGAGGUGCUGUUGACGACACUGGUAUCGGAGCAGGGGGUGGUUUUAUGUUUGGAGGUGUUGAUGCUGGAACUGGUGGUGGCUUAAUUGUUGGCGGCAUUGGUGGUGUUGUUGAUGGUGGAGGAGUUGGUGGUGGUUUUAUUGUUGGCGGCAGUGGCAUGGACGGUGUUGGCAAUGUUGGUGACGGUGUUGAUAUUGGUGUUGGUGUUGGAGUUGGUAGCGGUGUUGGCGGAAUUGGCAAUGAUAGCGAUGGUAGUGGUGGUUGUGGCGGUGUUGGUAUCGGAGUAGGGGGUGAUUUUAUAGUUGGAGGUGUUAGUGCUAGAAGUGGUGGUGGAUUUAUUGUUGUUGGUGGUGGUAUCAGUGCUGGUGUUGGUGGUGGUGUUUUUACUGGUGGAGUUGGAGUUAGUAUUGGUGAAGUUGGUGGUGGUGUUGUUGGUGGAGUUCGAAAUGGUGGUGGUGGUGGUAGUGUUGGUGGUGUUUGCGUAGUUGGUGGCGGAGAUGGUGGCGGUUUUAUUAUUGGUGUGAUUGGCGCAGGAAUUGGUGACGGUGUGGGCACUAUUGGUGUCGACGUUGAUGGUGGUGGAGGUGUUGUUGGCGGCGUUGGUAUCGGAGCAGGGGGUGGUUUUCUGGUCGGAGGUGUUGGUGCAGGAACUGGUGGUGGCUUUAUUGUUGGUGGCAUUGUUGUUGGUGUUGGAGGUCGUGGUGGUGUUUUUAUUGGUGGGGUUGGCGCUAGUAUUGGUGGAGUUGAUAAUGGUGGUGUUUUUGGUGUCGUUGGAAAUGUAGGUGUUGGAGUAGAUGGUGGUGAUGGUAGUAGUGACGGUGUUGGCAAUGUUGGUGUUGGUGUUGAUGGUGGUGUUGGAAUCGGUGACGGUGUUGGUGGAAUUGGAAAUGCUGGUAGCGAUGUUGAUGAUGAUGGUGGUGGUGGUAAUGUUGUUGGUGGUGUUGGUAUCGGAGUACGCGGUGGAUUUAUGGUUGGAGGUGCUGGAACUGGUGGUGGCUUUAUUGUUGGCGGUAUUGGUGUUGGUAUUGAUGGUGGUGGUGCUAACGGUGGUGUUGGUGCUAGAAUUGGGGGUGGUGUUUUUACUGGUGUUGGUGCUGGAGUUGGUGGUGGUGUUUUUAUUGGUGGAGUGGCGCUAGUGUUGGUGGAGGUGAUGGUGGUGGUGUUUUUGGUGGAGUUGGAAACGUAG